AUGCUUUUAAUCGCCACCGCAGAGAAAAAGGUCCUUGUGGAAAUUGUGAAGUUGUCCCAAAAGCGGGGAAUGAAGGGUAAUAAAGGAGACUGGAAGCAGUUCUUAAAUAUUUAUGAUAAGAAGUUUGGGGCUAGCUUGAGUGAUCCCGGAAAGAGGUCAAAUGAUGUAUUGACUGCGUAUUUGAAGACAUUUGAUAAAGAGGAUGACUUGAAGGUUUUGGCUAAAGUUGUCCAAUGCCAUUCAAAUCGCCAAGCAGUUGAUCAAUUGUUAAGACUUUUCCAGAAAAUGAAUCCCCAGAGCAGAGUCUUGUCCGUUCAACUCUUCGAACACCCACAAUAUCCAUUGGAUUACUCAUUUCCUUCACAUGAACGGGCAAAGCAGGACUGGGUAGUUUCAAACGCGGUAAAAAGUCCAGGCGACGACUUUCAAAUGGAAUGGUUGCUGUUGAUUGUGAGAUGGUUCUAUGUGAAGAUGGCUCUGAAGCUCUAG